AUGACUGAAGAUACUCUUACCGACCUCUACACUAUCCCCUCUGCUGAACAACUAGAUCUGCGUAGGGCUAGUAUCAUUAGCACCGACAGUACUGAUGAACGACAUGACCACUUUCCGCCCAGCUUUGGUCUACUAUUCGAUAUCGAUGGCGUACUUAUGCGAGGCUCUACACCAAUUAAAGAGGCAUUUGAAGCUAUGGAUCUGCUGAAGGGACGUAAUGGCAAGCUUCGAGUGCCGAUUGCAUUCGUAACGAAUGCUUGUGGAGAUAUCAAAUCAAAGUCUGAACAACUGUCUUCCAUCUUUAAGAUUGACGCAAGUUUACUUAAAUGUUCUCCCCAAAUUCAUUUAUCCAGGAAGUUGAAUAGCAUUCUUUUUCUGGAACCGGAGCAGGUGAUAUUCGCGCCGAGCCCUUUCCAGAGUUUCACCAACUGGCAUGACAAAAGAGUGCUUGUUGUAGGUCAAGGGGACAUGAAGAAGAUUGCAGAAGGUCUCGGCUUCAAGUAUGUCUAUACCAUGGAACAAGUCGCUGAAGCUUGGCCUCUUCUCGAUAUGGUUAAUCAUGAGAAUCGAAAAAUUGUGGUAACCAUUGUAUUGAUGGGCGAACCAACCCAAUGGGAAACGUAUUUGCAAUUGCUCAUCGAUCUACUAUUAACCAAUGGAAAACCGGAUCACAAGCCUGAAACAAGUCCUGAGAACCACCUUCCUGUGUUGGCUUGCAACAUGGAUCUUCUCUAUAUGGGUCAAGCUUGUAUGCCUCGAUUCGGUCAUGGCGCUUUUCUCGUCUGUCUGGAGUCUUUGUAUGAAAGAGUUUCUGGAUAUCCUCUGAAAUACACGGCAUUGGUUGGCAAACCGAGUGAAAUUACCUAUCGAUUCUCUGAGCAUACUUUGAGCAAGACUGCCAAGAGAUUGGGUAUCUCGAGGCCUCUACGAAAAAUCUACUUCUUUGGAGACAAUCCCGAGGUUGAUAUCCUGGGUGCGAAUCUCUACAACAUGUAUUUGCGUCGUUAUCGUCGUUUAUCGGGUGGCCGAGAGCUCUCUUUUCCUGAACAAGGCAAACUGGAUAAGAAGGCAGCGGUGGCAUCUUCUCGCACCGUUCCAGCGGAUGCUGCUUUUCUACCUCAAACAGCUCGCAGUGUUGAGUGUAGGUUUCUUCUAAGCCCCCCCCCCCCCCCCCCCCUCUUAAUCAUUUUGCAUAUCCACUUAAAUAACCUAUUAUUAGAUCUAGGCAAUUUUAAGUAG